AUGGUUGGUCGAGGUCAUCCAAAACGUCAUUUAAAUAACCAAAAUUUGGAUAUUUCACGACGUAUCGAUGAAAAUCCAAAUGCAUUUAAUUCAUCGAUUCAUUCACGAAAUUUGGGAUCACAAAAUAACUCAAAUUCUUCAUCCCGAAAUAUCUUAUCACAGUUAUCGCAUGAUCAAAAUAUUCAACAGAAUGCAAGAAAUUCAUCAACUGCUUCUCAGUGUACCAUAUUUCCACGAUUACCGCCAGCAAAAAUACAGCAAAAAGUUAUUGUAAAAACGAAUGUUUAUGCCCUAGAAAUAACGGAUCGUACUGUUUAUCGUUAUGAUGUACAUAUCGAAGCAUGUUCCGGAAAACCUCAUACUGCAAAUGCUACAAAAGUUGACUUAUGUCGUGGAAAACAAGAUCCUUAUCGAGCUAAAAAAUGUAUGCUUUUAAUCGAUAUGGCAUUGAGAAGAUAUCGACAACUUAAUGAAUUUGCAUAUGCAUAUGAUUUUUCAAGCACAUUAUUCACUAAUCAACCGUUAGACUUAAAGGAGGUGUCUGAAAUUACUAUAUCGUCCAGUAAUGUACAGGAAUUGCAACAAAUGUUUGGUAGUAAUGUCAGGAUAAGUAUACAUAUUAGUGAAUGCCGAGAAUAUGCUCGUUCAUUUCAAACAACAGAUUUUAAUUCAUCCAUUACACCUAAUUUAUUGGCUCAAGAUCACUCUUUGCGCCAGUUUUAUGAAAUUUUAACAAAUCAACAUGGUUUACGAAGUGGACUGUAUUUCUCAUUUGGUUAUGGUCGAUUAUAUCAAGAAAAAAACAACAUUAAAUUGAAAAGUGGAGUUAAAAUAUUAGCUGGUGCCGAUAAAAGUGUUCGUUUUGUGGAGGGUAACCAGACAACUGGUUUAGUUCCAGCAUUAGUACUUGAUGAAAAGAAAACACCAUUCUUCAAUGAGGAAUCAUUGAUGGAUUUUGCUGCUGAAUUAUAUACGCCAGGAAUUCCAAAUCCAUCUAUUCCUAAUUUGGAUAGAAGAAAAUUUCAAGAUUUUAUACAUCGUACUGAACCAAUCAUCAAGGGUCUUCGUCUUCUUCGCUCAAAUAAUACUAAAACAUUCACUGCAAAUGGCUUAUCCAAGCAACCGGUGAUGUAUCUUAGAAAUGGGCGAAUGCCACCACUAACGGAAGCAUAUAAAAGAUUGGGAAUUAAUAUCAGGCCUGAUUUGCCGGCUGUUGUUAUCAAAUCACGCUCUGGUAUAGGUUUUUUCCCUUUUGAAAUUUUAUAUGUUACUCCAAAUCAAAAAGUUCCAGAUUCAAAGCUUCGAUCAGAUCAAAGGCUAACUGUAAUGAAGAGUUCAGUUGUAGCUCCACAUAUACGACAUGAAGAAAUAGAACGACAUAUGGCAGCAUUAAAUUUGAGUGAAAGCACAUUCAAUCCAAUUUUAGCAUCAUUCGGUAUUCGAAUUAGUAAAAGCCCAAUGGUGGUUGAAGCUAAUCGCCGUAUACCACCACAAAUUUCUUACAGUCCGAAAUGUUUCAUGAAUGUUGCACCAGAUAAGGCUAGCUGGAACGCUGGAAAUAGUCAGUUUACAAUUCCAGCAAAAAUUGAUAAUUUUUAUUUGUUUUAUGAUAGGGAUUGCAAUGAAAAUGUCAUAAUGAAUUUCUUCCAUUCAGUUUGUAGUACAGCAGAAAAAAGAGGUAUUACUUUUAAUAAAAAACUCAAAAAGAAAGUUUGCCCAGAUGAAUUGGAAGCAAAUAUUAAAAAAGUGGUAAUGGAAUCUUCUGGAGAAACAAAUUUCUUCAUGUAUGUUGACAAUCAAGAAUAUACUCAUGAUCAACUUAAACUAUAUGAAGCACUUUAUCAAGUGGUCACUCAGCAUGUAAAAUAUUCCACUGUGAGAAAUGUGUCACAUUCACUUGAAAAUAUUGUCAGUAAAAUGAAUGUUAAAAAUUUUGGUCACAAUUAUCAUACUGUACCAGAAAAUUAUGCGAUUAAAAGAUGGUUAUCAAGUGGUAAUACACUUGUUAUUGGUUAUGAUGUUUGUCAUCCAGAACCACAAUCAGCUGUUGAACGUCGUCUAAAUUUAAUAUCUACUCAACCAAGUGUUAUUGGAUUUUCAUUUAAUGCUGCGAAGGAACCGGAAACAUUCAUAGGAGAUUAUGCAUUUCAUGAACCAAGACAGGAACAAGUCACUAGUUCCAUUCUUGAAAGUCGAAUGUUUCAUAUUUUGAAAUUAUUUCAUGAAAUGCGUUCUAAGUUACCGACAUUAAUUGUUGUCACACGUGAUGGUGUCUCAGAAGGACAACAUAAAAUGGUGAUGAUGGAUGAAUUGGAAGCUUUACGUGCUGGAAUACAAAACUAUGCUGAUUUUUAUAAGAAACCAACAUAUAAACCAAAAAUAGUCCUUCUGAUUGCUGUAAAACGUCACAACAAACGUUUCUUUAUUGAAACUAAAAAAGGAGAAAUUCAAAAUUGUUUACCUGGGACAGUUAUUGAUCAUACGAUAACACGUGUUGAUGCAACGGAAAUUUUUAUGCAAUCACACAAAGUGAUAAAAGGAACUGGAAAAAUUCCAGCCUAUACGAUAUUAGUGAAUGAAGCUAAUAUGGAAAUGGAUGAGUUGCAAGCAUUUAUCAAUGCUCUUUGCUACAGUCAUCAAAUUAUCACAUCAGCUGUUUCAUUACCAGAGCCAAUUUAUCAGGCAGAUGAAUGGGCAAAAAGAGGACGCAAUAAUUUUCGCACUAUGUACAAACAAAAACUUGAUAAAUUACCACGAAAACCAAAUGGAAAAGUGGAUUGGGAUGAAGUAACGAAUAAACUUUGUUAUAUGGAUCGUAAACUUGAGCUAACAAGAUCGAAUGCUUAA